AUGUAUAUUGCAUCCUUCGCGGCGACCGCCGUAGCCCAAUGGCACUGGGGUGGUCAACACGGUGGUGGAGCACCAGGAACCGUCCAAGUAUCUGGUGGAAAGACCUGCAUCGUCUACGCUCACGGCGGCAAUGUCAGCGAUGUGUCCAACAUCUUGCAAGCUUUCUCUCAAUGCAACGAUGGUGGUACCAUCAUCUUCCCGCAAGGCCAGAACUACUUCAUCGACUCCAAGCUCAAUCCAGUCGUCAAUGACAUAACCAUCCAAUGGCAAGGCACAUGGACAUUCAGCCCCAACAUCACCUACUGGCGCCAGCCCGCCAAUCACUACCCUAUCUUCUUCCAGAACCACGCAGCAAGCUUCGUCCUGACCGGCGACGGCAUCCACAUUGAUGGCUACGGCACCGGAGGCAUUUACGGCAACGGCGACGUUUGGUAUACCGCAGAAGCCGGUAACACUCAGCCUGGCCGUCCUAUGCCUUUCGUCUUCUGGAAUGUCUCAGAUGUCACGGUUUCGAAUUUCUUCGUCAAAGACCCGCCGUUGUGGAGUCUGAACAUCAUGAACGGGACUGAUAUGCUGUUUACGAAUAUCACCUGUAACGCCACGGCUACGCAGGCACCGUACGGCAAGAACUGGGUGCAAAACACCGACGGCUUCGAUACCAUGGAUGCCAACAACGUGCGUUUGGAGAACUUUGUGUAUCAAGGUGGCGACGACUGCAUCGCGCUCAAGCCGCGGAGUUACAACAUCUUCGUUCAAAAUGCUUCAUGCCAUGGCGGGAACGGGAUGGCUAUUGGCAGUCUGGGACAGUACCUUGAAGACUCGAGCGUGGAGAACGUGGUUGUUGACAAUGUUCGGAUCAUCCGAUACAACAACGACAUGGAAACGUCGGCUUACAUCAAGACCUGGGUGGGUGUCCUGGUCAAUCAGUCUGGCUACGAAAGUGACUUUCAGCCGAGAGGCGGCGGGUGGGGAAGUGUUAGGAACAUCUUGUUCUCCAACUUUGAGGUCAUGGGUGCUGAUGGGGGCCCGACCAUCACCGAAGAUAGCGGCGACAAUGGCACCGUGCCUGGUACUAGUCUGAUGGAAAUCUCGAACGUUGCAUUUGUCAACUUCACCGGCUACCUGAGCGGCAAUGAGAGGAACGGUAAUCGCACAGCCAGCGUCAGCUGCUCAAACGUGCACCCUUGCUACAAUAUCGCGAUCGAAAACGUCACUCUCACUACAAAUCAGAACACGACUGCAACUGGUACAGCAACCUGCAGCUAUAUCUCGCCUGGCGGUGUUCAUGGCAUCAGCGGAAGCGGAUGCUAG